AGUCUCUACAGUUACACGAGCAACAAGCAACUUUUGAGAAUGAAGUUGGAAAUCUCAACUUUGGCCUUGAAUCUCUACAUUGCGAGCUCACAGAUCUGAAUGAUAAAUUGGUUGAACUGCAAUUGGUUGUCAUCAAGGGAAAAGUAAGUUUUUGAACUAAAUAGUAAGUCAGAGUAAAUUGUAAGGUUAACAAAGUAAUGUAUCAGGUUGAGAGUAAAUUGGACAUAGAUGCCGAUGAUGAUUAAAUACUAUUCAAGCGCUUGUGUCCAUGCUAUUUCAGCAAGCUCAAAGCGUUCGGAUUUCCUAAAUUCUUUUUAAAGAAAAAUGUCUUUAUAUGUUUCUUAAAUGAUUUGUUUUAUCAUUUUCAAUUGCCCUCAAAGAAAGAGUAAUUGGAUUAUAUAAUUUCAGAGAGAUAGGUGUGGACAAAGUAGUGCGAACAGAUGUGAUGGAAAUUAUUUCAUCACUGAUCAAAUUUUAUGUGGAUUUAAAAUAAAAGCCUUAAAAAAAUAACAUCACAUUUUAAAAAUUCAUUAGUGAACUUGCUUUUCACUUGUUCCAGUUCUAAUAAAUUAAAUUUCAACACAAAUUUUUGUAGCCUAGCUUUGAUUAAAAUAAUUAAAAUUAUUUAAUAUGAUGUAAGGCCUACCAAAAAUUAUAACUUUCUAAAAUAUUUUGUUAACAGAAUUUUUGGGAUGAAAUGUGUAUUAAACACAAUGGCCAACUUUCUGCAAAAGAGCUUUAUGGUGUCAUUGCUGACGUUGGAUUGAAGGUAAUAUUUUUGUAUCAAAUAACUAUAUAUUUUUUAAUUCUUUCAAGAUCCAAACAUUUCAAACCCUUAAUUUUUCUAUUUACCUUUAUUAAAAAAAAAUAUAUUAAUGUUUGUAUUUGAGGUCUAUUAGAAUAAGACUGACAAAAAUAAUACGUUUCACAACAGUAUGAAAUGAUGAAAGGGCUUAUCACUAAACGUGUUCACAAUCUGGAGAUCUUAAGAGAAAAGUUAGCAGCCUUCGAAAGAUCAAUCAAAAGCAGAGCUGAAUUGGAGGAAAAGGUAGGGUGAUAUUCGAAAAUGAUUUAAUGCUUAUUAUUUAUACAUUAAUACUUGAAACCAGAAUCUGUUACUCUGAACUUUGGUCAUUUUAGAAAUUAAAUUGAUAACUUUUUGUUUCAGGUAACUUACUUGACCGCAUCCGUAGAAAAUGUGCAGAGCUUAAUUUACUCAACCCAAGGUAUGUGUUUUCUUGCUUAUUAACUUAAUAAUUUUUUUGAAUGAUAAUAAAACUUUACAUGUACAGAUAAACACAUAAAUAUGUUUAAAUAAAAAUUUUCAAUCCUAUCGUAUAAAUAUAUAAUAAAGCUGCUCUGAUUCAUCCAAAUUCACAUAAAAUCAAAUACCAAGUGGGAUAACAUUAUUUUAUUUUUAAUGUCUAAAUUUUCCUGAUAAUUAAACAAUGUUUCAAUAAAUUCUCACAUCAGAUUCUUUCAGUUCUGUUCUGGCCAAAAAUUGUCUCACUAACUUCAAAGAUAGUUGGCCAUUAGGUGCAUCUUUGGACUGGAGCAUGGAACCCAGCGUGGGGGUAAAGAGUGCAUCCAUUUUAUCUUCCAAAACGAACAGUAGAGCUAAUGAUGAUGCACUAUCAAGUGAGAAAUAUGUUGGUCUCUCAUCCGUCAAUGUUGAUUUACCCUCAUCCACUUUGGAAUUUGAGGGUCAUUCAUCCAGUAAUCUUAAUUUAAUCUCAUCAACUUUGGAAUGUGAUUGGUCAGUUGUCCAGUAAUCUUGAUUUAGCCUCAUCAACUCAUGAGUGUCAAAAGUCCAGUAAUAUUGACUUAAUCCCAUCAAAUUACGAACGUGAAGGUCAAUUGUCAAGUAGUAUUGAUUUAAGGACAUUAUCGGAAAUAAUUAGUAUCAUAGUAGAGAAAUCUAGUAAUUGAAUGGAGGAGAUUUCUCAUAAAUAUCUGUGAAUUAUGAAUAAAAUAGAAGUGGAGUUGAAAUUUAGGUGCUGAAAAGAUGUACAUGCAUAUAAAGAGGAAUGUUUUCUAAGAUAGCUUAUAUGCAAUAGAAAUUUGAAUUUUUUUAUUCGACAUAGUUGUAUCCUUAUAGACCUGUGAACCAAAAAAACUUUUUGUAAAUAGAAAAAUAAAUCUAUUCAUCCAUGAAUUUGCCCAUUAAAAAAGAAAUCAACUUCAGUAUUAGACUUUGCUUUCGCAAUGUCUUGGUUUCAGAUGUUUUUAUAUCAGUAUUUUACUGUUUAGCCUUGUGAUUUUUUUUUUCCAUAAAUGCUUGCAGUGGGGCUAUUAGAUACCGUGGUGCACACUGCACAAAUUUAGUUUCCAUUAUUAGGCUGUCUCAACAGAACAAUGAACUGGUCAAAGUCUCCAACAAUAAAGCAAGAUACCAUAAUACUUUGUUGUUAGUGACAGAUACCAUAAGUCUUUCAUUGCUUCGUGUCCUAAUUAACUUAUUAACAUAUUUUUAGUUUCCACAAAAUUGAGUAGCAAACAGAGUGGUUUUAAACUUUGCUCUUUUCAUUAUGCCUAACCAAUGAGAG